GUAUGUAGGUAUGUAUGUAGGUAUGUAUGUAGGUAUGUACGUAGAAGCUUAUUAGUUAAUGUGCGAUACAUAUGUAUCUCUCGACAAGGAAGAAAGAAGAAAUAAAAAUGCGUUUUGCUGUUCAAGGCUGGUUGGCUUUUCCCCCCUGUUUCGUUCCACUGCGCGGUGCGCACGGCCGUCGGUUGUCGUGGGCGCUAUCGCGGCUUUUCCCUUUGCAGGGUCCAAUGCGAUGCGAUGCGAUGCAAUCAUUCAUUGCUGGGCUUUGAACGCAACUUUGCGUAUUAGGUUAAGUGGUUAUAUAUCUCCUCUUCUCAGACCCAAGCAAGUCCGGGAAAGCUAUCUAGCUUUCCAUGGAAUGAAUGGCAUUGCCUGUCUUGUCUCGCCUUGCUUUACCUGCCCUCUUGGCCCCUUUCCUGCUUUCGUAGAAGCGCUUCCCCGUCUGCAAGGCAAGACGGACGUAUUCCUAGACAAUCGUGGCAAACCACUCACGGGCCGCGAUGGCUUCGAAUGCUGUUCCUGAUUUGCGCGAACUCCAAUGCGCGGGGUAAAGCAGAAGUGCAGAGACGACACCCUCCCUCCUUUUUCUUUUAUUCCGCCGUCGUCUUCAUCGUCGUCUUUGUUGCAGCCGGCGGCAUGCGACCCAACUUUCACGGCGAAUCUAAGGUGGUGUAGAUGAUGAAUCACAUACACAACUUGAUCGGACAGCAUUCCUCCUUACCGCGUCGCGAGAGGAUAGGCUGGGUUUGGUGAGCAACAGGCACAAUGCCCACAUAUGUGGUAGCCUAGCAGUAGGUAGCGGGAAGCCAUUGACCAAUUGGCCCGGAGAAGAGACAUACCAUCAACUCCCAAACACCGAAGAGCGGAGCCCGGGAGCGGAAAGCAAAUGCGGUUUCGUGAUCUCUAUCGAUAGGGCAUGAUGGCUAGGUAUAGAUUAAACCUAGCAGUUGAUGAAGUAAUGGCAACAAAUUGCGCAUAUGUCACAUUUCGGAAAGGCGUUGUCCCGAGUGACGAGGCGUCGAUUCGCUUAUGCCAUGUGUACAUACUACUAUGAACAUCUUGUGAUAUACCUACACAUGUGGCUGCGGCCGGUGAGCUGCAAGUGCCUAAUGGGCUUCCCCAAUCGCAAUCCCCCCAGCAGCUGAGCUUAGCUUAGCUUAGCUUA